UAUAAGAUUUUGAGGGAGCCAACACACGAGCAAUUAUGGAGUUAGAGCCACAGAAAUUUCAGAAAAAAACUUCCCUCUUCUUCUCAGUUUGAGGUCAUUGGGAUUUAGGAGUACCGAAUAGGAAACAAAAACGAUCAAGCUUCAUCGUUUGGUCAUCAUUGAUUAAAACCCAUUUCCCAGAAAUCUUUUUCGAUUCCAUUUAUAGAUUUUUUUCCUUCUUUCGUUGGAGCAGAGAUGAAGUUCUGCAAGACAUAUCAAGAGUACAUGGAAGGACAGAAGAAGCCAUUACCAGGGGUUGGAUUGAAGAAACUCAAGAAGAUCCUGAAGAAGUGUAAGGGAGAGGUUCAAUUGCGCAGAGACAACACUGGGGUUCUUAUCGCCUCCACUUGCCCCCACCAGUGCCCAGUGUGUGAUGGAACCUUUUUCCCCUCUCUACUUAAAGAGAUGUCCACAGUUGUGGGUUCCUUCAAUGAGCGUGCACAGAAAUUGCUUGAGCUACACUUAGCUUCAGGCUUCCGAAAGUACUUCAUGCGGAAAGGAAGGAACCAUGUUGGUUUAAUUCAAGAAGGCAAGGACUUAGUUACUUAUGCAAUGAUUAAUGCCAUUGCUAUCAGAAAAAUUCUAAAGAAGUAUGACAAGGUUCAUUACUCUAAACAAGGUCAGGCUUUCAAAUCACAAGCUCAAAGUAUGCAUAUUGAGAUCCUUCAAUCUCCUUGGCUGUGUGAGCUGAUGGCUUUCCACAUCAACUUGAGGGAAACUAAGGCUGAGGCAAAGGCAACUACAGUUCUUGAAGGCUGCUCACUUGAGUUCAAUGAUGGCAAGCCAUCACUCUCUUGUGCAAUCUUUGAUUCAGUAAAGCUCGAUAUUGAUCUCACCUGUUCUAUAUGCUUGGACACACUGUUUGAUCCGGUGUCUCUCACAUGUGGCCAUAUCUUCUGCUACAUGUGUGCAUGCUCUGUGGCAUCAGUGACCAGUGUGGAUGGACUAAAGGCAUCAAAUCCUAAAGCAAGAUGCCCUCUUUGUCGAGAGGCAGGAGUUUUUGAAGGUGCUGUAUCUAUGGAUGAGCUUACCAUUUUAUUAAGUCGAAGAUGCCAUGAAUAUUGGGAAGAACGACUUCAGACGGAAAGAAGAGAGCGGAUUAAGCAGGCAAAGCAGCACUGGGAAUCACAAUGUCGAGCUUUCGUAGGAGUCUGAUUGAAAAUUAAGAUUUCAAAUACUCCCUCAAUCUUAGUGACAAUUCAUAUAGAUAGAUUUAGGGUCUUGAGAUUCAUUUGAAACUUUCUAGGUUCUUCUAUAACUCUGGUUGGCUCAUGUGAAGAAAUAGGAAUUCUGGGAGAUUUGGUUGUUUUGUUUCUGGUUCUAUUGUUUGGUCAUAAAUGUAUUUGGGAAGUGUAUAAACAUAAUAAAGGCAUGUGAGGGUUUACUUGCAUGAACUUCAUUAUAAGAUAUAAUGAGUUAGGCUAGGUAUGAAUACAAAGACAAUUAUCAAGUUGUACUAAGUUUGGAGCAACAUGAAGAUCUUCAUAGACAUUUCAAAA